CCGAUAGGCCCGGAUCCGCUGGGCCGGUUUUGCCGGCGGUGGAUAUCCACGGGUACCACUAACCAAAUGGUUGGAGACGAGCAUAAUGGCAGCUGGAAGUGGGAACCCAUCGAUCUCAGGCCCUUCCUCUUCGAAAGGCCGCAUUUAUCUGCUACGGGCGACAAUCGUAAACUUUUUGCCUUCCUUCCCUGGAAUCCCACAGAGAGUCCACGCGCGCAUCGUUUUCAUGUUGAAGUCGCUAUCAAGGAUGUGACCUCUCUGGUUGACAAUCUGAGUAGCUUGUCUUGCGAUCUGAAGGCCCUAUCUUAUUUGCAUAAAGUAGGUUGGGUCCAUCGUGAUUUCAGCGUCGGGAACGUGAUUUGGGUCGUCGCUCUUCAACUAAGUCCGACUUUUCAAUACAUUUGAAAGCCACUGCAUCCCUCCCCAUUCCAUACAAACCGUGCUCGACCUCCGGACUGAUCCCUUC